UUACGUAUCCCUAACUCAUAGCUCAAAGGUGAUGUCUGACGGGAACAUGCAUUUGCAGUAGGAAUAGGUAUUCGCCGUGUCCAAGAAUUAAUCGGGGUUUCCAUUACACUAGCUAAACGAAAAUAUUAUACGAGAGACAAACCAUAAAUCUGAUAAUACAUUCAAUAAUAUCGGAAGAUGUUUGGUUUUCCGGCUAAUCUCCCAUCGAUUAUUGACAUAUUCUGGAUAACUACUUCGUUUUUUAUACUUUUUUUAAUACUUUUAUCGGCAAUCAACAAGUCGAUUGGAGUUCGAAGAUCUUAUGUUAAGUUACUGCUCAGGAUAUUUGAGUAUGGACGUGUCAGCAUUGAGAUAGCUCAUAAAGAACGUCAUGCAACGAUAGCGGAAACAAAAACGGCAUAUACGGAUGUCAAUGCCACCAAGGAUAUUAACAAAUCUAGUCCGAUUGACACAACGAAUGAAAAAUCCAGCGACGUUAAUGCCACAAAUGGAAAUACGCUUAUUAAUCGCGACAAUGUCUUAUUGCCCACUCCUAACGAACCAAAUUUCAAUAAGGAAAAAUUGACAGAGACUAUAAAAGAUGAGAAAAUCAGCUUUCAUUUCGAAGAAUGUUUGGACUAUAUUAAAGCCGGCGUUGAAGCAAUUAUUGAAGAUGAAGUUACCUCCCGUUUUGAAGCUGAACAGUUGAAAAGUUGGAAUUUAUUGACGCGAACAAAUCGUCAGUACGAAUUUAUCAAUUGGAAAAUAACUCUCAUAUGGGUGCUUGGAUUUGCAGUUCGAUACACAAUUCUCAUGCCUCUAAGAGUCUUGGUCUGCUUUAUAGGUGUGGUCUUCGCUGUGUGUUCGAACAGUUUAGUGGCUUUAAUUCCUUUCAAAAUGAUACGUCACUUCUUUGCGGACAUUGCCUUCAAGGUAACGUUUCGCAUUAUUUGUCUGUCAUUGUCUGCGGUGAUCAAUUUCUAUAACGUACAAUACAAACCAAAAUCUACAGGUUUUUGUGUGGCAAAUCACACUUCUCCACUUGAUGUGGCCAUAUUAUCAACUGAUUGCACAUUUUCCCUGGUAGUGUGGCUUACUAUAUGUACAGCGGUUGUGGGAUAUAUGCCUGAGGGAGAACGAAAGCGUCACUUGGUUAAUCGCAUCCUGCGACAUUGCUUUUCUGUAUUGUCCAGUGCUAUAUCGGCAGUAAUUAACUAUCAUAAUGAAGAAAAUCGUCCGACGACGGGAAUAUGUGUUGCCAAUCAUACAAGUCCCAUUGAUGUGCUAGUAUUAAUGUGUGACACAACUUAUUCGUUGAUUGGACAGCGACACGGAGGUUUCCUAGGAAUUCUCCAAAGAGCGUUAGCCCGUGCAUCUCCACAUAUUUGGUUUGAAAGAGGUGAGGCCAAAGAUCGUCAUGCUGUAGCUGAAAGACUCAAACAACAUGUCUCUGACCCCACGAAUCCACCAAUUUUAAUAUUCCCUGAGGGAACCUGUAUCAACAACACUUCCGUAAUGCAAUUUAAAAAGGGCAGCUUUGAAGUAGGAGGUGUCAUAUAUCCAGUGGCUAUAAAAUACGAUCCACGGUUUGGCGAUGCUUUUUGGAAUAGCUCCAAAUAUUCGAUGUUACAGUACUUGUAUAUGAUGAUGACAUCGUGGGCAAUAGUCUGUGACGUAUGGUAUUUGCCUCCGAUGUAUAGGCAGCAGGGUGAAUCAGCAAUUGAUUUCGCUAACCGCGUGAAAAGUGUGAUCGCCAAGCAAGGAGGCCUGGUUGAUUUGGUGUGGGAUGGUCAAUUAAAACGUAUGAAGCCGAAAAAAGAAUGGAAAGAAAUGCAACAAGUAGAGUUUAUAAAACGUCUUAAAGGAGAUUAACAUCAUGUAAACGAAUGUAUUUCUAGGAAUAUUUUAGAAUAUGUUUCCAAAACCAAUUUCCAAAUAUUCCAGCAAACUAAAUAAUUCUAAUUUAUUGUACCACAUAUACAAAUUUUUCAAAGUAACUAAUUAAGAAAAACCAAAUAAAACAAAAUGAAUUUUUAUGUGCA